CGAUUCUGACGAUCCGAUGCGAUGCCGAUGUGCGGUCCCAAGUGUUCGGCAUCGCAAGCCUAGAUAGACUGUGAAGAAUUGAAAGUGGAGCAGGAGAUCGGAUUGCAUGGACUGUACCUCUGGGAUGUUGGCAUGUCAACUUGUUUAACCAGUCUUAUAGGACAGAAGCUUUUGUUUGUUAAGGGCAGAUAUGGAGGAUGCAUCUGUUGCUUCCUAUGAUGAAUCCUCUUCUGAAGAUAAUAAUCAGUCUAUGAAUGGAGAAUCCAUAGGCCUAUCAGAAGAUCUAGAUACUAAAAGCCUUCUAUCAGAUCUUGUAAAUGGGUCUGAUUUGCCUCCAUCAGUCGUGGAGAAGGUUGCAGCAAGUGACCAAUUGAAACUGGAGGAGAACUUGGAGUCAGAAGACCUUAUUAACAAUAACAAAGGUGCAUCUGAGCAAGUGUCUUUCGCAGACCAAAGACUUGUAACUUCAAGGGAUGCUACAGCAAUCAACGAUCAACUAUCCUUUGCAGACAACCAUACGCAACUGUCUUUUAUGCAAUCUGAAGACAUGGAAUAUAAAGAGAUUCUUAAUACAGUACAUGACUCCGCUCACUGUUCGGAUAGAAAGAGGGAACAAGAUGGGGGAGAACUGUACAAUGGGCAAACAAAACAUGUUUUAGUAAAUCACGCCAUAAAAAGGGUCGCUGGGGAUAUAGAAGGUACUGGCACAAUAUCUCCAGAUGAGAAGGACAAUGAAGAGAUCAGCAUGGAGACAACAGUUUGGACAGAGAUGCAUGACCCCAGCAAAGAGGAUUUGUUAAGUCUUAAGCAAAAUCCAGAGGAUCAAAAGGAAUCCAACCAAGCUGAGUUUAGCUUAUAUGAAAAGCCUGAAGAAAAAGACUUCCUGAAAUUAAAGAAUUCUAAAUAUGAAGCUAUAUAUCUCUCAGAGACGUUUGCUGAGCAUAACAGUGAGUUGACUAUUUCAAACAAAGCUUCGGUACCGAAUGUUGGCACACCUAUAAGGUCCCAGGAUUUAUUUGAAGAUACUUGUAAUAAUUUAUUCUCUGACAUCUGUAAUGAAACUAUACAUAUUGCAAAUAAUUCAGAUGUGAAAAAUUCUGGCAAACACUUACAGGACAGUAAACGUAAUGUUAUGUCUGGUAUGAAUGAGACAGUACCUGGUGUAGGGCACCUUGGUUUGUUGGUAAACAGCACGACUUGUGAAACCGAAAAACCCAUAAAAUCUCGCUCCCUUGAUUUCCAGUCGAAGCACGCUGAUUUACCAAAAUCCAACGGUACUAGAACAAGUAAGAGGAAAACGGAGCAUCAACUCUUAAAAGGUGGAAGAUCAGGGCUGCAAUAUGAAAUCGAUACCGAUUCACAUGAGCUGGAGUUUGUUGAAAAGGAGAACCUUUCUGAAAAAGAAGAAAGCAGCGAAGAAGACAACAUAGAUAAUUCUCCUCAUUACGGCGGCUCAAGAGACCGUCUCGAUCACAGAAAAGAAAGGCAUCAAUAUGUGUCGGACAAAUUAGACCCCGAUGUCCUACACCUUCUUGAAAUGCAUCUACGCAAACAGCAGCUGGUUGACAUUAAGGAAGAAGGAGAAGAAGAACUGCUAGAUGUGCACAUUAACAAAGAGAAGUCCCGAUCGGAAUCGUUCAAGCUGUUGCGGAAUAUUCCUCCGGUGUUAGAUAUGGUUCUUGAAGAGCCUGAGCUGGAACAUGCCGUAGAGCUGUUAGAAGAAGGCAGCAAAACCCCUUCAGAUAUAGAUUCUGAUGACAGCAGCAAUAUCUGUGCUAUGGAAAUGUGUCUAAUGGAGUCUCUGCAACAUGAUUUAUUGAGUAAAAGUAGCAAGAUCGAUAAGCAUGAGAUAGCUAGCAUUCUCCAAACGGCGAGUCCUGAAAUGUCUGGAGAAAACAAAAGCAAACAGAAGGCAGGCACACUGCAUUAUAAAGACAGCAACAUUAAAUGUGAAAGCAGUAAAACUACAGAAGCCGAUACUUACAUAGCACAAGCAAGAGAGCCAAGUGGUCCAGAGAUGAUAACGGCAAUUUCUACAGUACAGGGAGACUUUGGCUCUGACUUUGGCUCAGAACAUGCCGCACUGGGAAAUGCCCUUGAUAGUGGAGAGCAGACAGAUUUUAUUCUUUCUGAUUCGGGGAGAGGGGCGCCUGAUCCGUCUGUACCACUUGGUGACACAGUAGACUUUGUUAGUAUGGGCCCACCAGGCCAGUCAUGCCUAUGUGUUGACUCUGUACCCUCCGACGUACAUGAGAAGAGACUAUCAAGUGUAGUGACCCAUUCUACACACACAGGAACAACACUACAUGGAAGUAAAGAAGAUGCCUUUACUGGGUCUGAAACUACUUUUAUAGAGUCUGUGAAAACUGAAAACACCUCAGGUUUAUCAUGCCCCACAGCUGCUGGAGACCUGAAACCGCAUGAUAACACUGAACCCUAUUUGGAAACUAAAAUACCAUCUUUGGUCGAUGGUUGUCAGAAAGCUCCUAUCCAUUGUCGAAGUGACAACGAUGAUUUUAUAACUGGAAAUUAUUCUACUCCGCAACAUGAUGGCAUAGCCAAAGCACUGGGAAGUGAAGAGAUUAGCCUCACAGACCUCACCAAAGAUCUACAGGCACAUGUGAAAUCUGCAAAUGAACCAAUCUCUGCAGAAAUGAGUACACUACAUUUAGAUCUAGAAGAGAAGAUUUUGUCUAUCCUAGAGAAAGCCCAUGCUGCUGAUUGCAGAUCGUCUCAUCUACAAGCUGAAGCUGAACUACUGUGGAAAGAGAGCGUAGAGUUAAGAAAUGAAUGUAAGUCUCUCUCUAAAGAAGCAGCGGAACUUCUAUCAAUAUUCACUCAGCAAACAUCUGUGCACAGGCAUCCGACAAGACCCGGCGCACACCAGGCAAAGGCUGGAGGCAGCAUUCCUAGCGACACUAAACCAAGUAACAAGGAAGCACUCGGUAGUAGCAGUAAGGCUAAUCCCAGGAAUAAGAAGAAGGGAGAAGACCAGCUUCAGCUCUUGAGCAAAAAAUACAACUUUUUACGGCAAGAAGCGCCUGAAAUCAUGCGGGAUCUCCAUGUCCUGCAGCGGGACUUAAAGAACCUCCCUCCACAUCAUAGCAAGCCUGUCAGCGUUCUUUUCAACUUGCUGUGGGGCAGCCUGAUCACCGGUGGUACCAUGCUCUUUGUGUGGUGGAUGAAUAAGCAGCUGGGCUGAGCGCUCUCUCCGUACCCGGUGACUGCAAUCCUUUCUGACGGAACCUGCAGGACACAUACUACAAAGGUUGCUGAAUCAAGGAUGUGCAUUACCUCAAAGCAUACAGUCAUGGCGAUGUAUGUGCCGGAUUAAUGUGUCCUCAAGAAAAAAAAAACACUUAAUUUCCCAGGAUGCCUACAUUUCAUUGCAUUGCAGACUUCUAACUCUGUUAAACUGUGUUCAAUUAAGAAAACAAGGAGAUAGAGCAUAUCAACUUUAAAGAGAAAACAGGCAACAUGUAUUAUUCAGCUUCAACAAAUCUACUGACAAACAAUGUGACUCAAGUUAUCUAUAUAUGGGAAAAAAAAAUCGCCUAACAGCAUUGAAUGUUGACAUUUGCCCCCCUAAAUGCACAGUUACAUUGAACUUUUAUGUAUAUACAACAUAGCACGCAGAAAACGGGAUCUAUGACUUUAAUUGUACUGUAUUAUCAAACCUCAUGGCGAUAUGUACUAACAACUUUACUGCUCAUUCCAUUAAGGAGAACAGCCACUGAAGAGAUCUCUAUGUAAACCAUUCCACCCUCUGAGUCCUUCCCUUGACACCCUGCUAAAGAUGUGUUUUCCAGGUCCGCGGCUGAAGUAUGAUCAAAGUUGAAACCAUUGUUUUCAGUUGGGUGUUCUACGUCCCUAGAAACUCCCCAGUUCUUUGUGAAGUCCUCAGCCGCAGUGUCUUGGUUAUACAUCCUUCUAUUUCAGCCAUGCUGGGGUAGAGUAAGUCUACCUGUCAAGGGAAGAGACGACUGUGGUUAAAAAAAAGCAUGGAGGUUGUAUUGUUUUCAGCUGUUCAGAGAUAAGAGAAGUAAUGAGUGGCUAACUGGUUGUAUGAGUAACCCCAAUCCUACAUCUCCAGCAAGGAGUGAUAUCAUAUUGCUAAUACAACUGUCACAAAAUACUAUUUCACAGUAAUAUCACUGUAACAGUGUCUUAUUGCAUUACAUAGUAUACACACACUACAUAAUUGGUGCCCCAUAUUACUGUGUCAACCUUUAAUGGAUAUUGUAUCCUAAAGUGUGGCAUUUUUGGCAUUCUCAUAAUCCUCCUGCAAUUAACAGGCUUAAAAUAGCCAGUGGUAAAAUAAUAAUAAUAAUAAUAUUUAUGCCUUGAACAAUUCUAUUACUCAAGUGUCACCGCAGUGUUCUUCUGAUUAAUAGAUUUCCCAGAUUUCUUAAAUUGUGCUUUACUAAACGUCAUCGUCGCUCACAUGGGGUAUCACAAUGCACAACUGAAAAGUGACUGAAUGUGUUUUAAAUAAAACGGAACACUGCAUUGUACACUGAUGACCCCUUGUACAGUUUAGUACAGGCCUGGCCAACCUGUGGCUCUCCAGCUGUUGUAAAACUACAAGUCCCAUCAUGCUUUGCCACAGUUUUGCUAUUAAGGAAUGCUAAAACUGUGGCAGGGCAUGCUGGGAUGUUUAGUUUCACAACAUCUGGAGAGCCACAGGUUAGCCAAGCCUGGUUUAGUACAUUACUAGGGGUUUUGUUAAACGCAGCCGUGUUGGCCUUGUACACAUAAAUGGUUAAUAAUAGGUGAGCACCUGACCCACAGCAAGGUCUCUUGUUGCAGGAGCUCCAGGGAGAUAAAUAAAAGCAGACACUUUAGGUUCUCUUACGUUCUAGGUACGUAUUCCCCUUAUUUCUAAGAUGAUAACUUGCAGCAUAUCAGUCAUGUCUAAACACCAAGAAAGUGCACAGUCCAACAGGUGGGCAAAAGUCCAUAGAACAUUGUAGAAGUUUCCGCCAUAAAUAUUAAUUAUGCGAGUUUUUUUUUUUUUUUUUUUUUUUUAUUUAGGUGAAACUAAUUAUGAAGCUAAAAUAAGGUGAAUUUUCUUUACAAAAUUAACAGGUGAUAAAUUAUAAUUAAACAUUUAUUUCUAACAACCAGUUUAUGGAAGGACAGUGGCAUCACUAGAGGGGCGCAAACCGCACCGGGUGACACCAAGCCGGGACCUGGCCGUGCAUGAUAACGUCACAGUGUAGCUCCCAGUCCCUGACAAGGAGCUGGCAGUGUGGGGAGCGUCCACUACUGUGCAUGCCCCAGAGUGAUGCCAGGGGGGAUGGGCUGUGAGUCCAUGAUCCCUCCCCCCAUACGCCCACCCUUGAAAAGGGCCACUCCCCUUUUGGGUCCGUCUAAUGUAUUGAAUUACACCAAUCCUAGUGACACCACUGAUUCCAGAUAAACCGUUUGGUUACUGUACAUCUCUUGCUAUAAGUAAUAGAGUAGCAGAGACGCCAUUUUUUGAGUUAGUGUAAUAAUAGCGAGGGUGAGUUUAUUAGAAACUCCAUUGAUAGAUUGUGUUGAUGGUAAAAUUUGCAGCCACUUUCAAAUUAGUACAAAUGAAUUGCUCUCUUGGGUUCAGAUAUUAUCACUUGCCUAUCCCCUGAACUAGAGUAAAAUAUAUAUAUAUAUAUAUAUAUAUAUAUAUCAGAAUAAUUCCACAGGAUUGUUUCAGACAAUUAUUCUUUAUUAAAUGCACGGAUAAGAUAUUUUUCAAAUAAAUAGAAUAAUAACAACAAGUUGUUUGACGCGUUUCGCAGGAUGGCUGCCCACUUUAUCAGAAAAGCGUGCUGUUAUUUUAUGUAAACACUUGGUUUCUCUGGAAUCCUCGUUUUAAAGGGUCAGGGACAUAGAUGAUAUACAGGUCUCAGUGACAAUCCUCCUGCUGUAAUUAUCACAUUUAUUGGAAAAAAAAAAAAAUCUAAUUCAGGUAUUUAAUAAAGAAUAACUAUUUGGAAUACAUUCCUGUGGAAUUAUUCCGUUAUAUUUUAAAAGAACAUGACUAUACCUGCGCCCAAGAGAGCAUCUCCUUAGUACUAUAUAGCGUUUAUUAGAAACAAUAGCAUUAAAAGACCCUCCUUUAGGAAGUGUAACAUUGAAUUUGAUAUUGUAUUAAUCCAAGAUGAUUUUAAAGUGGAACCCGCUCCUUCUCACAAAAAAAGGCAGCCAUUUUGUGGGAAUCAAAAUACAGCCUAUCAAUUCACUAGAUACUGGUGAGUAAUGAUGGUCCGCAUGUUACUGAAUGGCGGUUUCAGACCACAAAAUGGCUGCUCCAUCAUGUGACAAACCGAUUCUUUCAGAAAGUAAGAUGUUAGACUUUUAUAACACUUUCUGACAUUAAAAUUUUAUUAAUAUAUCAUGGAGUUAGUUUCUCCUAAAAUAUGCCUAUGGAGUAUAAAAAAUCAUGUGUGAGAUAUAUAUAUAUAUAUAUAUAUAUAUAUAUAUAUAUAUAUAUAUAUAUAUUAGCAUAGUCGAUGGAUAUCUGUCAAGCAAAUGCUGAAAGGACACCGUGAGGCAUAUAGAAUGUGUACGUUUAAUAGUUUACAGCCAAACGGCAUGGAAAUCCAAUUCCAAGUCCUCAAGGGAGAAGUUGCCCUGACACGUAUGUGCCUCCUUUUAUACAUGUAAAGCUAUAUUUAACACAUAUUUAUGUAUGAAAUGCUAAACUUGUAAACUAACCUUAAGACCCCUCCUCAGCGCCGUUUUUUUAUAGAUAUAUAGACUGACAAGGUGUUUUGCGCUUUCUGAAAAUAAGACUGGCAGGACUACAUGUUGGAUAGUACAUAAAGGCACCAGGAUCCUCUCUGCGGACAGCAGUAGGCAGAAAGGCCAGCGUCUCUGUUCAGCAAGGGCUGAAUAUUUGUGCAGGUCAGCACCUAACUAUUGCAGCAUGGCAGCUUCUCAUUGCGAAAUAAGGGUGGGGUAGCAUGGUCAUGGUGUGUUUCCUUAUUUUACUAGUUCUGCACAUACUGAAUGGCAUGUGGUCCUAAAUGCAUUUUCCACUAAUAGAUAUUUUUCCAUUAUAUUCUGGCUUGUGUAUAGAAUAGUGAUACUUUGUGUUCUCGUGUCUCAUUUUGUUUGUUUAAAGUGUUUCUUAUCUACAAAAGGUUUUGUGUUUUUAUAUAUAUAUAUGCAUCCUUGUUUCCUACCCCAGUUACCUUUUUUUUUUUUAUACAGUGUUUUCUCGGUUAUUGUUUUGCUGUACUGAUGUGUCUUGAUUAUUUGUUACGCCAAAAAUGUAGUUGUUUAAUGUCCUAUCUGGAUAAUUGAUAUGUGCGCCGAAACGGCUUGAUAGUGCAUGUUGAUAUCGUGAGCACGUUUCCAGUUUCACCUCAUACAUGGCACACGCAGCCCCAGAACCAACACUCCUCUAUGUUACAAGAUCUAGUUUACCUGUAACUUUAUGCAAGUUAAUGAGACUGUAUCAAUAAAAAGCUUGUGUGAAAAAGAA